CUAAACUUACAAUUGUUUACGUUUUACAGUACUUUGCAAUUAUUGUCAGUAGUGUAGUGUUUGAGGCCGGAAACCUACCUCUGCCAUAACUUCUCUGCAAUUUUCGCCAAGUAUCAUUCACAAUCUCAGUUAAAACCCAAAGUCGCUCAUUUCAUGCACCCAGAAAUUCUAAACCUUCCUAACCAAUUAAAAAAUUGCAACUUGUCCAAAACUACUGAUGAGUCAAGAAGGAUGCCUCCAGAAAAGACCCUUUACGAUGAAAUGGACAGUAUAGGCCGAGGUGCUUACGGGAUCGUCUACAAAGGCAAGCACAAAACCACCGGCAAGAUCGUAGCCUUGAAAAAAAUCAGCGUGCCUCUGAACGACGAUGGGGUCCCCAUGAACACCCUCCGGGAAAUCGGGGUCCUCAAGCAGCUCAACUCACACGAGCACCCCAACAUUGUCCAGCUCCUGGACGUCUGCCAUGGCAUCCAGACCGAGCGCGAAUUGUUAAUGUAUUUAGUGUUCGAACACGUGGACCAGGAUCUCGCCCUCUACAUGGAAAAGUACGCCAAACGUGGUGGCUUCUCCUCCGUACAAAUCCGUAACAUGUCUCAGGAAAUUCUCAGAGGUGUUGACUUCUUGCACAGUAAUAGGAUAGUUCAUAGGGACUUAAAGCCGCAAAACUUGUUGGUGACCAACGAGGGCCACAUCAAGAUUGCGGAUUUUGGCUUGGCCAAGACCUACGAUUUUGAAAUGAGGUUGACCUCUGUUGUUGUUACGUUGUGGUACAGAGCGCCUGAAGUAUUGUUAGGAGUGCCGUAUGCGACGCCUGUGGACGUGUGGUCCAUCGGAUGCAUCAUAGCGGAGCUUUUUAGUCUAAAACCGCUGUUUUAUGGCAGUUCUGAGAGCGAUCAGUUGAGCAAAAUUUUGAGAAUUUUGGGGAAGCCGCCGCAGCACGAGUGGCCUGAUAACAGCCUCUCCAUCAAUUGGGAUUCUUUUGAUAACACCGAGAGGAUCGAUUUUAAAGAAAUCAUCCAGAAUUUGGGUGACAGCGCACAUGACUUGCUUACGAAAAUGCUUACUUUUGAUCCUAAAAAACGAAUGAGUACCUUAGAUGCCCUCAAUCAUGUGUAUUUCACUGAGGAACCGAUAUAAAACUGUGAAAUAUGUGUUACACAAAAAGACGCCGAUCAUUCCAUUUUUUUUGGAACAACGAAUUAUUCUUGAAUACAAUUUUACAUAUCAUAAAAGUUGUUCAUAUUUUUGAUAACUUUAAGCUAGCAUUCUUGAAAAAUAAAAUAGUUUUACAGAA